AUGAUAUAAAAAAAUUUGCUUGAUGACAUGAUUAAUAUUAGAGAUGAAAUGAAACACAUUAAUGUAUUUGUUUAUUGAUUAUCAAGAAUAGAAUAAAAACAACUUAUUCUAAAAAAAAUUAAGAAUUCAUUUCUCAUUAAAAUAUCAAUUUUAAAAUUAAAAAAUAUUGCCAUCAACUGAUUGAAAAUAAGCCACCCCAUUUUUAAUAAUAUUUUAUUUCUGAUUAAUUUUUAUUAGAUUUAUUGGAUAAAAGACAAUAUGAAAAAAUACUUUAAAUUGCAUUGAAAUUUAUCGUUAAGUAUUUUUUAAAUUAAGAAUUUAUUACUAAAUAAUAGAAUACAUUUCAAUCAACAUAAAAAAAUGCCUAAAAUAUUAAUAAGAUUAUAAGAGAUAUCGUUUCCCCUAUUAAAAAUUAAAUUGAAUCAUAAGCAUAAUUCUAUGAUUAAUAAUUGAAAAUUAAUCAUCGAUCUUGUCAGACCUAACCUUGUUAUUCAGAAUCUUAAUAGAUAAUGUAAUUUAAUUUAGGACUUCGUUAAUAAUCAUCUGUUAUUUCUUCUAUCUAAUAAGAUAAUCUAAAUUCUCCUAAAUUUAAUGAAAAUACUAUCAAUGCUAUUGAUGAAAUUUCUUUUGAAAAAUCUUGUAUGAAGAAAGGUAGUGAAAAUUUAAUUGAAAAUCAAAUAAAUCAUCUAUCUAUUCAUAUAUAAAAUUAACAAGAAACUUUAGAAACAAAAAAACCUCUUAGUGUAACUUUAUUAACAACACCAAAGUAAAAAGAAUCUGAAAAUAAAAAAUAAGGAAUCAAUUUUAGUAAUACAAGUACUUCAAUCAAAGAUACAAAAAGAAAGAUAAAAAAUAAAUUUUCAUUUGAUUGGUUUACAAAUAAUAAGCAAGAAAAAGAAGAUGAAGCUUAGAAAAUUAAGAAAUAAUUACCCUCAACUAUGUUGUCCCUUGAUUUUAUAAAAAAAAGAAAGUAAAUUUCUAGUACAAAAACAUGCUCAAAUUUAUUAUUAAAUUAUUGA